CAGCACAGACUGUGACUCAGCCUUUCCUGACGCCUCUGUGCUGCAUUGUGUGGACUUUGUGUGGACUUUUACUUACACUUUGAUGAUGGCAGACCUCAGAGAGGAUCUGGAGUGCCCCAUCUGUCUGGAUAUUUUUACUUACCCUGUAACCCUGGUAUGUGGACAUAACUUCUGCAGGAAAUGUAUCAAUCAAGCCCUGAGGAGGAGGGUAUUGGGACGCUAUAUGUGUCCUCAGUGCAGGAAGCGAUUCCAAUCACGACCGGUCCUGAAGAAGAAUACAAACCUGAGCAACAUUGCAGAGCAUUUCCGCUGUACGAACCAGAAUGCAGUCACCUGCACCUACUGUGACCUUCUCAUCCCAGCUACCAAGACCUGUCUGCAGUGUGAAACCUCCAUGUGUGAGAGACAUCUUCAGUAUCACAACAGGUCAGUGCAACAUAACUUGAUGGACACCAUUAUUGGCCUGGAGGAGAGGAAAUGCCCCAUCCAUAAUAAGAUCCGGAGUUAUUACUGCACAGUGGAUGCCGCUUGUAUCUGUGUGUCCUGCUGCUUGUCCCAGGAAUAUCGGGGACUUCAGGUGGAGCCACUUAAUGAGGCCUGUGAGAAGAAGAAGAAAAGACUGCACAAGGUUUUGGAGGCAAUGAAUGUAAAAAAGAAAAGGCUGAAAGAAAAAAGAUUGCAUCUUAUGAAGACAAUACAAAAAAUUAACAUCCAAGAAAAUACUCCAAUGAAAACACAGAUAUUACUCUAUGCUACUGACCAAAUCCAAGAGCUGGAAGAAGAAACCAAGGAGCUGGAAUUGAAGAAAAGUCAUAUUAAGAUGCUGUGUACGCAAAUCGACCCAAUAGCUGUCCUAGAGGCCAUUGUCAUAGAUACAGAUGACUGUACCUACACCGAGAGACAUAUAUUAUAUGCAGGUGUGACCAUGGAGGCUGCAGACAAAUGUCUACCUGACGUAACAUCAAAAGCCAAAAAAUGGUGGUCUACCCAGAAGCCUACAGACUUACUACUCAAUGUGCACACGGCUGCUAAUGAUCUUCAUGUCUCAGGUAACUGGAGAGCUGUUAUCUACUCAGAAAUAUACCAGGCUCACCCCAAAACAUCAGACAGGUUUAAAAAUAAUCAGGUUUUAAGCCUUGAUAAGUUCUCCUCAGGACGACAUUACUGGGAUGUGGAGUGCAGCCAGACUGGAGAUUGGAUGAUAGGAGUGUGUUACCCCAGCAUGGUCAAGAGGGGAAAAAAAUCAUUUCUAGGCUGUAACACCAAGUCGUGGUGCCUGCGGAGACGUGGUAAUGAGUUCUGGCUGCAGCAUAAUAAUCAGUGUCUCUACAUACCUCACAUGACUUCAUGUAAUAAUAUCAGGGUCUCUUUGGAUUACAAUGCCGGACAGUUGUCCUUUUAUGAUCUUAGUUGUCCUAUCAGACACCUCCACACGUACAGAAUCAUCUUCAUCGAGCCCGUACACGCUGCUUUUACCUUAUUCUAUGGUUGGCUCCAGAUCAGGAAUUCAGAAGACACAUUGCCAAGUUUCUGAUCAACCCGAUUAGGUCAACAGAGCCUUCAGUGGUUGAACCCAUGAUCUGCUCAUUAUGAAGGGGGAGGUUCUGCUGGGUACCUAGGGCUGCUUUUUUGCCACAGUCCUUCACAGUCUAAGCUUGCUGCUCGUUCUUCCUAUCACCGAAUGUUUGCGAUGAUUGCUCAUUGGAUACUUAUUUAAAGGGAACCUGUCAUCAACGUUAUGCUGACCUCACUGAGGGCAGCAUAAAUUUGUGACAGAAAUGCUGAUUUCAGCGGUGUGUCACUUAUGAGCUAAUAGUAAGUGGUUGCCGAGAACCAACAUCAUAAUCAUGGCAGCCCAGGCCUUGAAAAGAGUCAAAUCUACCUGAGAAGAGUCAUGGUUAUUCCUAAUCUUCUGCUCUCUCACCCGUCUGCUGAUAAUUGGCAGUUCUCUCCUAGAGAGAAAGGGAGAAAACUAGGUAGAAGCC